CAACUCCAAGUGGCAUAUGUGUCUCUUUAGUUGGUCGUACUGCGCCUCGAAAGACCCUUCAUCAUGGCUUCUUCAGGGAAAAAAGGCAAGAAGAAGGGAAUUACCCUUGCGCUUAACGAUUUCUUACAAGAAACACCCGGCAGUGCUCCUGCUUUACCUAUAAGAAAAUCUACAUUGAAUUGGGCUGAUGAAGUUGAAGAUGCUUACGAUAACAACGAUCUUAGUAGAGCAAAACCUAAUGUUGUCUUACCAACGGCCCCGAAAGCAGCGAGAGGUCUUGAAGACUUCAGCGAUAAAGUACCUCAAAAUCCUCCCUAUGUAGCGUAUUUAAUGAACCUCCCUUAUGAUGUUGAUGAAUUAGAAAUAGCGAAUUUUUUCGGUAAUUUAAAAAUUUCUAAUAUGAGAAUCCCAAAAGAUGAUAGGGCGGGCGUUGAGACACCACGCCUAAAAGGUUAUGGUUACGUUGAAUUCUCAGAUAGAGAAAGUUUAAUAAAAGCCCUCUCGAUAUCAGAUUGUACAUUAAAAAAUCGACGGAUAAGAAUAGAUGUUUCAAGCGGUUCUGAUAAUGAAAGAAGACGAGGCGGUCGAAUGGACAUGGGAAGGGACAGAAACAGUGAUAGACCUGAUAUUCCUACUGGCGAUUGGAGGUCUGGUCCACGAAGCGAUCCAGUUGAGGGCGAAAGACGAGGGGAAAGACCCAUGAGAGAUAGAGGAGAGAGAGACAGAGACAGAGAUGUUUCGUCUUCCUCUUGGCGAGAUGGCGGCGAAAGAGGAGGGGGAGGUGGAGGUUUCAGAGAAGAUAGAGAUAAAGGAAGAUUUGAGAGAGAUCGAGAAGGGGGUGAACGCCGAUUUGAACGUAGAGGUUAUGAAUCUAGAAAUGGAGGUAGCGGUGGCGGUGGUGCUGGAGCUGCUGGUGGUGGUUUCUAUCGAGGGGCUGGUAGUAAAGACGAUCCUAAAGAAGAGAUGAGAACACGUCCUAAACUAAGAAUCUUACCGCGUUCUAUACCGCUUCAAGAAGAACCAACCCAACAACCUCAAGAGGAACCACCACAGCAAAAACCUCCCGUUAGUCAAGUUCCAGCUGCUUCAAUUUUCGGCAACGCAAAACCAGUUGAUACGAGCGCUAGGGAGCGACAAAUUGAAGAAAGAUUAGCCAAGGAAAGCACAAACGUUGUUGCUGAAGAUCGUACGGAAAGGAGGCGAGAAGAAAAAUUCUCUAGAAGAUCUCCAGAUAGAAGGAGAUCGCCUGAAAGGAGGAGAACCCCAGAAAGAAGAAGAACGCCAGAAAGACGGAGAACACCCGAUAGACGUAGAACGCCAGAAAGGAGGAGAUCCCCGGAUAGAAGAAGAUCUCCAGAUAAGAAAAGGUCUCCAGAGAGGAGGAGGUCACCCGAUAGAAGGAGAACUCCGGAAAGAAGGCGAACACCUGAAAGGCGAAGAAGUCCUGAUAGGAGGAGAAGUCCCGAUAGAAGGCGAAGUGUUGAAAAAAGGAGGACACCUGAAAGGAAAAGAUCUCCAGAUAAAAGGAGGUCACCAGAUAGGAAAAGAUUAUCACCUGAUCAUAAAAGAUCACCUGAUAGGCGUUCCCCUGAUGGAGGAUCAUCACCAGAAUAUCGUCGAUCGUACUCCCCCGAAAGAGGGCGUUCGCCACCAGAGCCAGAAUCAACCUCUCCAGAACGUCGCAGAAGAUCAUCAUCACCAGUAUUGCGUCGUAGACGUUCCCCAACACCGGAGCGGAAACGCCGUUCACCAACACCAGAGCGGAAACGACGUUCACCAACACCCGAGCGAAAACGACGGUCUCCUAACCGCCGGAAAUCUCCCGAACGUUCGGCACCAAUUCGUCGUGAGGAUAGAGUAGGAGAAAAAGGGGAUAAACCACAACAGCCUGUUAAAGAAAAAACAAGAAGAGAGAAAGAAAUGCCGAAAAUGAAAGAACCAGAGCCACCAAAUUUCGUAGGAUCAAAUAAGUACGCUUUUUUGCCGACGGAUGAAGAAGAGGAUUAGGAAGAAGAAAGUGUGUGGGGUUGAUUGAACUUUUUAUUUAGUUGCGUUCGAUUUUGCAUCUAGUCUAGCUUUAAGCUCGACUAGUUUCUAUUACGUUGCGUUUAAUAACAAUAAAAAAAGCCCAAUUUGAACUUUUAUUGAUAAUAUCGCUGUACACAGUGCCAAUGCGAGAAAAUUAUUAACAUAUUCUUCGCAUUAACGGGAAAAAAUAUUUUUUGAGGAUAUAAACUAUAUAUAUAUACAUAUAUUAUUAUUAUUGAAAAGAAGAAUAACAAUUUGUAGGUAGAAUAUUUGCUAAUCGGACUGACUUUUCCAAGUGAAUAUCGCAUUUUUCUUCGUAUUUUAAUAUUUUUGAAGAAAGAAUUGUUUUGUUCUUUUCUGUAUAAGAUUUGUUGUUGUAUUAUACACGUAAGUGCUUUUGUUUUAACACAAUAGAUUUCUUUUCUAAUUCAUUAGGAAGUGUGUUUAAGUUAAAGACUAUUCAUUGAAUCAACUCAUUAAAAUUAAUAACGAAAUAAAUAGGGAGAAGUCGAUCCGCAUUGCCAAAUUUGAGAAUUUUUUUUGUACGCCGCUUAGCGGAAUAUAGUGUGUUCCAUUUAAGAUUUUUGUAUGAAUGUGGCACCUUAUAAUGGGAAUAAAUGGUUUAAAAUCA